AUGGCGGCUUGUGUCCUUGACGGAGAGAAACUUUGUGAGGUUUCUGGCGAAGUAAAAUGGUCAAAUGUGGAACGCUAUAAUCUGGAAUAUUGCCAUGGAUCAUUAGCUCUCUAUAAACUGAGUACCAGUUUUUAUAUACAUGGAAUUACAAAAGCAAAACGCGUGAAGACUAACCCCUAGUGUUCAGCGCAAUCUUCAUGCCAAGCAGAUGAAUCCACCUUCAUCAAACAGAUCACCAAAUAAAACCCCUCUUGUGGAUAAAACAUUUGCAAGAGAUAAUCUCAGCAAUACAUCUAGUGGUGGAAAGUCGGUCACUUCAUUUUAUGGAUCACAAAAUUUAACACAGUCCCCAAGUGAAUGGAAAUCUGCAAAGAAUGUUAGGGGCCCAGGCUUGAUGCCUGCACCUCAAACAACACGUCUGACAAGUCAGAUAUCUUUCAGAUCCCGUGAGAAGCUUCUCUACGAGAGAGAUUUUGCAUUGACGGGCUUUUCAAACUUGGGAAAUACUUGCUACAUGAAUGCCAUUCUUCAGUCAUUACUUGGUUUGCCACCAUUUGUUCAGGAUCUUUCUAACAGAGCUUUGUUGGAAAAUGUUCUUCCACACUGUCUGUACAAAUGUCUUCAUAGUGUUCUAAUGUGUAAAAGAAAGUGUGGAAAUCCAGAGGUGCUGAAGAAUUGUUUGAGGAAACUUAAGCGAACAAUCUCUGAAGCUGCAACACGUUUUUCAGGAUAUCAUCAGCAUGAUGCUCAUGAGUUCCUUUGUCAAGUGUUUGAUCAGCUGAAGGAUGAUGUGAGCAAAUCUAACUCUCCAUCUUCCAAAGAUACCUCAAGUGGAAGUAACCCAAAGUUGGCAGAUUCUCAAUGUCCUGUGACAAGAUCUUUUGAAAGUGGAGUGGUCCAUACAGUCAUUUGUAAACAGUGUGGAGAAUCUGCUCCAAAAGAAGAGAUUUACCAUGCCUUUUCUCUUGACAUCCCAGUUCUGUGUAAUUCCUCAGACAAGUCUCCAUUUGGCUCAGCUGUCAGCAUGCAAACCUUACUAGAGAAACACUUUGAGGAUGAACAGCUUGAGUACUCAUGUGGAAAAUGUGAGUCUAAGGAAGCUAUCAUUGCACACAGUUUCAGUAGGCUUCCAAGAGUGCUUAUUCUGCACUUGAAGCGGUAUGGAUUUGACAACUUUACUGAAGAACAGGCCAAGAAGCAAGACAAGGUUAAAAUUGAAAGGUUCAUUAACCUUAGUAUGCUGUGCUCAUCAACAUCAAGGCCUCCAUUGCCAUUCCAACCAAAGUCAUCACUCAAAUUCAGUCCAACAAAAUCAGGCCGUAAACCACAGAAACGCUACUUAACCAGUGAUGAGGACGAUGAUGAUUCUCUUCAUUAUCAACCCUCUCCCUCAGUGAGGAGGAAACUAUCACAUUCUUUUGCAAAUGAAAAUUUCUCAAGUGCUGCUGCCAGAAAUUCUCUGACAAACACAAAAAAUUAUUCAGAUGAUGAUGUGGAGGUCAUGGGUGUUUCCAAGCUAGACAGGGUCGUUGAAAAUGACCAAACAGAAGAACAGACCCAUGAAUCUGAAAAAACUGCCGACAAAGAUAUCACUAAAUUUGAUGGGAUCAGGCACACACCGUCACUGAGGAAUAAAUCAGUCUUGGAGGGAACAGAAGAGGAGCAAAUGGAAUGGGCUUUGGCUGAAAGUGCUAAAUCAGCAGAAAAAGAAUCAAAUAUAAACAAAGAAAUAAAUGAAGAUGAUGCCAAAUGCAAUACUUUGGCAGACAUUUUGAGCAAUGAUACAAAAUCUAAUAUUGGCAAUUGUUUUUCCAACCCUGUGAGCCAUGUUACCAAUCAACCAACUAUUUGUGAGAAAGAUGUCAUUGAAGUUGGAGAGGUCGGGAGCACACCUUUACGUCAUACCCCACUGAGAUUCAAACGAAUUUGGGAAGAUACAGAGGAAGAGCAAAUGAAAUGGGCUUUGGCAGAGAGUACAAAAUCAGCAAAAAAAGAAUCAAUGGCAAAAUUGAAUGGACUUGAACAAAAAGCCAACAAAAAUGCUGGGGAACGCACAUCGAAAACAGAAGCUUUGAGUGAAGAUGCAACUUCUAAUUUCGACAGUGAUGAUUUUAAUCAAUUGAGUGAUAUUUCUGAUGAAGAUUUAGUUUUCAUGGCUCAGAGCAGCAAAGUUGAAGAACCUGUUGGUUUAAAAGGAGGUGCUCCAAUUACAACAGCAGCUCAAGAUGUUUCCCAUGAUCUUGAUGAUAGUUGUCUGAAUGAUACUGGCAAUGACAAAAGCUGUGGGGAAGAUUCAAGCUUCGAAAAUGGCAUAGACACAGGAUUUGUUCUAAAAAACAGCACUCCUAAGAUUUGUAUCAAAAAAAGAACUGGUAGUUCCAUUCAAAGACAAACACUUCAAAGAAAUUUCAGCUUGAGUAAAACACCCAAGCUAGGAAAAUUUGAAGGGGAUCUGUUUGAUGCUGGCAUUAAAGAGAGUAAUCUUGCUUCAACCAACACUAUUGGUAGUGAGAUUGUUGACAAGAGCAGCUGGGAGGUUCAAUGUUUUAGUGAUGAAGACAUGGAAAAGGCAAUCAACAUGAGUCUUCAAGACCAGACAAGAAGUGAACAGGAAACGACAGAAGAUGAAGAUCUGAAGAGAGCUUUGCAGCUGAGUUUGCAAGAUUUUGAAGGGCAGGACUUAAAAUCCACCAAGGUUGUAUCACCAGCUGCAGUGGACCCUAAUAAUUUAACAGAGCCUACUUUUGAGAUUGAUGAGAGAGAGGGGAAGCCCUCUACACAUUCAUACAGACUUAUUAGUAUUGUCAGCCAUCUUGGUACAAGUUCUACUUCAGGACAUUAUAUUUCAGAUGUGUAUGAUUGCAAAACCAAACAGUGGACAAGUUAUGAUGACUCUGCAGCAACAAAGGUUGCUGAACACUCAGUUCGCUACAAAAGACAACACAGUGGAUACAUUUUCUUUUAUCUAUACAAACAAUGUGUAGAUGCUAUAGAUGAGGCAAGCCCAAGCAAAGAAAACUCCCAAAGAUAACAAAGUGGAAGAUAAAACAGCAGAAUUGUUCGUGUAGUAGUUUCAUUAAUAGUUCAAGGAAAAAUUUUGAAAAUAUUUCAAUCCCCUCUGAUGUUGGCAGUAAAACUUGUAAAACUUCAAUGACAUUCAACUUUUUUUUUUUUGUAAAGGGCACUUCUAGAAAAUGCCCUUUUCCCCAGAGUGUUGUAAAGAAAAAAAACCAGCAUAGUCAGUACAGCCAAUCAGACCAUAACUAACAACUACAAGAAGAGGGUGGGUACUCAAAUUGAUGAGAACUAUUUUUGUAACCUUUCUUUUAGUCUGUCCCCAAAAUUACUUUACUGAGAGUAGGCAAGAUUAAAUGAAGGAGAAAAUGGCAAAAAAAAUUGAAAAAGUUUAUAUACCAUGUCAAGAAGGGAAAUUAAAUUCAAUAUGAAAAUUAAAGUUGUUAUGCAAGUUGACAAGCAAGUUAUUUGAAGAAUAUACUUUCUGAAGAGGAUAGAGGAACAUAGCUAUGAAUAAUGCUCCCUAUCACCAAGAGAAAUUGUAAGGACCUUUGAUUGUUGGAAGACAAUUCACUGAUUAAAAGUUGACCAAAAACUGCAUGAAAAUAUUCACCAAGAGAGAUGGCAUUUUGUAAUUAAACCAGAGUAAGCUAUUUGCGACAAACAAAUAAUGACAUUUAUUUAAUUUAAUAAAGCAGUUAUUGAAUUUA